AUGACCGAAAGUUCUGUGCCCCCUCCAGUGUGACAGUUGGAGUAGCGAGGGCCGCGGGCCGGGGCCGGCUGUUGCCCCCGGGGCCCGCUGUUGCCCCCGGGGCCCCGGUUCCCCUGGCACAUGGACGCGGAGGAGGAGGCGCGGAGGCGGAAACUGGAGGCCGGCAGGGCCAAGUUUGCUUACUUCAGACAACGAAAAACAAAAGGUGACAUCACGCAGUCGCAGAAAAAGACGUCGAAGAGGAAGGGCUCGUCUGUCCACACGCAUGACGUUCCGAAGGAAGAGUACGCACUAGCGGCCCAAGAUGUUGGUAAGGGUAUAGAGAGUAAGGCUGAAGACACCAACCUACUAGAGACAACAGCAGAGACAGAGGGGAGCGCUGACUUGUCCACCUGGGAUGUACUGAGUGACCAUGCCCCUGAAGAAGUUACAAUAAAUUCUGCUGCAGAAUACAGUGAGCUUGAUGCUAAGAUGUGUCAGGCGAGAAUAGCUGAGAACAGAUUUUGGGAGAAACAAGAAGCCGUCGAAAGACUCACUGCACAGAUGGAUGAGCUGCAGGAACAACUUACCCAGCACAGUGACUCUAUGCAACUUCAGGACUGGGAAACAAAGACAUUUCCUGUUGGUGAGAAGUACAUUGAAAAGGAAACUACUGUUCAAGAGCAGAACGAAGUCAUCAGGAAACUAACAACCUGCCUUCAACAGGCGAAGAAGGAUCGGGAUGACCUACAGGAAGAGGCUUCACAUGUAGCUGGUCAGAUCCAUGAUCUACAACUUCAGUUACAUCAGGUUAAUGAGAUGCUGAGGAGUAAAACCCCUGGGAAAACCAAAAUAUUAGAAGCCCAGCAGCAGAUGUCCUUGUUUCAGAACCGUCUCAGAGAGCAAAAUGAACAUUUGGAGAUGCUGCGUCAGAAAGCACGUGACCUGGAAGUACAGCUGGAGUCUUCUCAGAAGAAUACCAAAGAUAAAGAAAAUCUUCUUUCCCAAAUGGAAGAGGAUAUAAAAGAUACAAUGCAACAUCUAUACAAAAGCAUAGGAGAAAAAGACCAACAUAUUAAAAGUCUUCAAGAUCUACUGACAUCGGAAAGAUAUAGCUUAUCUAUACUACAACAUACCCUUUCUCUCCGGGACUCAGAAAUAACAGAAUUAAAAAAUGAAAUAGCUUUAUCCAAAAUGAAAGAACAGCAGUGUAUUGAAGAACUGAAAAUCAAUCAUGAAACGGAUAUUUGCAGACAGUUGGAGAACUUGAGGGCUGAGCUGGAGAAGUGCAAGAGAAGAGAGAUUGCAGAAGCCAAGCAGGUAUAUGAAGAAGAAAUUAUUUUAAAAUAUAAGAAUGAACUUGAACAGUUAAAAAAAGAGCUCUGUGCUCUGAAUUCUGAAGAACACAUUCAGAAUUUGAAUGGCAUAAUAAUUGACUUAAAUAAUAGUCUUCAUGAGUCUGAAAUUAAUAAAGAAAAUUUGAGAAGGAAACUUGAAAACCAACAGGAAGAGUUCCAGAGAGAAAAAUCUGAAAUUGAGACUAAAUACAAGGAUUUAAUUGAUGGCCUUAAGUCUCAACUUUCUGAUGCAGAAGAGCAGGUCAAGGAAGCCCAGCGAUACAAACAAGAAAAACAGUCCUUGAAUGAAGAGAUUCAGAGACUGAAUUCUUUCAUUCAGGAAUUAAAUGAAAAGCGACUUUAUGAAGCAGAAGAAAGUAUGGAUGUAGGAGAAAAGCAUGAUGAAGAGAUUGUCUCCAAUAAAAACCUAAUGAAACUGAAGGAAAAUCAGAUUUUACCAGAGGUGUCGCUGAGAGCAGAGAUGUGGAAUAAACCACAUGAGUUGAAAGGUGAAGAUGAGCUAGUUCACGAAGAACUAGAGUUCCAGCGUGACUUGGGAGUAGAGUCCUCAAGUGAUCAACUAGAAGAAAUUAAGAAUUCAAAGAUCGCAGAGAAUAAUGAAAGUAGUGAAGGAGAUAACCUGCCUGAAGAACACUUGUCAGAACUAGGGUUCUUCAGUGGUGAUGAAGGCAUAUUGGCUAAGUAUCUCAUAUCCACAGAGAGACCAGAAGAGUCAUAUGCGUCCAGCUCUUCUGACAGUUAUGCCAUUGAAGAAGGUAGAUGCAGUAGGUAUGGGUUAGACAGUAGUGUACUUCUAGAACCCAGCAGAAGCUUGGCUCAAGAGACUUUUGAAGAGACUGAGGUGGGAGCAGAGACCUUUGUUUCAUUUUUGUCAGAUAGCUCCCUGCAGCAAAACAAAAUAAGUGACCAUGGUGACUUAAAGGAUAAUGAGACAGCUUGUUUAGUAGAGAGAUGUGUGAAGCUAACUGAGCAGCUCCAUGAGAAGGAGUCAGCCUUGAAGAAAUCUUAUCAGGAGACCCAAGAAGCUGUUGGAAAAUGGGAAAAAGUAAUGGCUGAGCUCUCUCAUAUCUGUGUGGAACUGGAUGAGGAACGUGAAGCACGGAUCCGUUGUGAAAAAGAACUUCUUCAAAAAACGGAGAAGGAGAAAGAACUUGAAAACAAAAUAAUGUUUCUAGUAAAGCAGCAGGGUGAGGAUGGAGGCCAACCUUCCUGCUCUGUAGAGCCUUUAACACAAGCAUCAAAAUCCUCGACCUGGCAAGAAAUGGUAAAAGACCUCCAGGAGGAAAGAGAAAUGUUGAUGGUGCAGCUGCGAACUCAGGAGCAAUUGGUGAAAGAUGUUCAAGAGCAGAAAACAGCUUCUGAUUCUGUAACAAGUGAAGUACAGUCCCUUUUUGGGCGUCAGUUAGCUGCCUUGCAAAGUCAAAGGGAUCAAAUGCAAAGUCAGCUUGAUGCUCAGAAGGCUAAAAACCAGGCAAUAGCAGAGCUGCUUGGUCAGAAAACUGUAUCUGAAGAGACAUUGCUAAAAGAACAGGAGUUGCUCAAAGCUGAAAUCAAUAAUAAAGAACAAAAUUUAGCACUCUUACAGAAGGAAAAAACAGCCUUAGGAGAAAGAUUGUCUGACGUGGAGAAGGAUCUCAUAAAAGCAGAAAAAGUACUAGCAGAGAACGCUAGCAUCAUUGAGGAUCUUGAGAAAAACAUACAUGAACUUAAUGCUGAAGUAAAAAACCUCAAAGAAAUACAGGAGUGUGAAAGACUGGGAUAUGAGGACAGAUUAAACUUCAGCAACCUAGAAAUUCAUAAACUUAAUGCUGAAAUAAAGGCAAAAAAUACUGAAUACAAUGAGAAAAAAAGCCAGCUGACCGAAGAAAUUGCCCAUUUGAAGACUGUUCAUUUGGAGCUUGAGACUCGCUUGCAGGAGUCCUUUCAGUCUGCACAAGCUGCGCAGGAGGCGCAAUCCCAGAUGGUGAAACAUUACAAAGAGGAAAUUGAUAAAAUGGAGACUCGACGCCUUGCCGAAUUAACUAAAGUGAGUUUGAUACACAAGAAAGAGAUAGAAGAAUUAAAUGCUGAAAUAAAAGAUCAAGUGGAAAAACAGCAGAAGUUGGAAGAAGAAAGAAAGGAACAGAUUGCUUUAAUAAAAAAGGUACAUGAACGGGAGCAUGAUCGUGAAAUCUCUGAACUGAUUGCUAAACAUGAAGAGGAAAUGGAGACGGUGCGUGCUGAACUAAAUAAAGAGCAGCAGCACCUGUUGGAUGAACUUCGGCAGCAAAUGGCAGCCGCGCACAAAGCAGAGAUUGAGCAAGCUCAGCUCCAAUCACAGACACUGCACAGCCUUGAAUUGGAAGCUUUACGCCUAAGCUUGAAUAAUAUGCACACCUCCCAGCUUGAGCUUACUCAGUCGAACUUGACAAAAGAAAAGGAAACGGCCCUUGUGGAACUACGGGAGAUGCUCAAUGAUAAGCGUGCUCAGGAGGUAGCAAUUCUGCAAAGCCGCCAUCAGAUGGAGUGGGAGAAGAAUAAACAACAGUGCCUGAAGGAAAAAGAAGACCUUGAGUUAAAGUAUCACCAAGAACUAGUUGAUCAGAGAAAGAAAAUAGAAUUGGAAAUGGAAGAGACACAUAUCCAGGCAUUAGAGACUCUCAAAAGAGACUGGGAAUUGGAGUCUGAGAUGCGUUUAAAAAGUACACGUGAAGAGCUGUCUGAAAAAUAUCAGACCGAAAUGGUGGAACUGCAGAAAACUCUGGAAAUGGAAUUAGAAAAAGUCAAAGCUGAGCUGGGACCUCUUUCUCUUGAGAACGAACAGUCUAAAAUCAAAUGUAUAGAAUUGGAGAAGCAACACCAGGUAACCAUUACAAAAUUACAAGAACAGCUGCAGACUGAACAUAACCAACUCCUAGAAGACAUGAAGAUGAAAAGCCAAGAAAAAGAACAGAAUCUUCAGAAGGAGCUGGAGAAACUUCAGGUCAUGCAUGAAGAACUCAAGACUCGGUCACAAGAAGAAAUCAGGCAGCUUUGGUCUCAGCUCGAUAGUACCCGAGCAAAUCGGCAGGAGCUAAGUGAUGGUGAGACCAGAAUGCAAGCCCAUGGUCCAGAGCUAAAAGAGCAGCUCCUGGCUCGUGCAUCGCGGGUGGAAGAAAUAGAGCGUUUAAAACAAGAAUUUGAACAGCAGCGUCAGCAAAGGAAAAGUGAGCAUGAAACUGAAUUGGAACAACUGAGACUUUAUUUUGAAAAGAAGUUAAGAGUUGCUGAAGAAAACUACAGAGAAGAAUUGACUUUGCUGCAUCAGAGACUGCAAGACCUGAAGGAAUAUUCGCUGUCAGAGUUGGAAAUGAGUCAAGACCAAGCAGGGGACAUCAGUUCUUCUGUUGCAGUUUUUGAAGAGACUGCUGAGAAAGAGAGAGGCGAUACAAUUGGUCAGCUAAACCAACAGCUGGAACAACAUCAGGAAGAACUUGCCUCUUUGCAGGUACAACUUAAAGAACAACACAGGCAUGAAUUAGAUUCCUUAAGGUCUUCCCUUGCGCUGCAAUAUAAGGAGGACCUAAUGAAAAUGAAGAUGGAUCUGUCAGACAAAUAUAUAUCAGAAAUUGAGGAAAUGAAAAGAAAGCAUUGUUUAGAACUUGAGCAGCUCCGUGCCCAACUUUCAGAAGAGCAUAUUAAAGAAAUCACCAAACUGCGCCUACAGAGUGCUCAAGAUGCAGCCCGUCAAGUUGAAAUGGAGGUGGCUGACCAAGUGUCUGUGCUGGAGGAAGAGCACAAAGCUAAGCUCUCUCUCCUCCACUCUGAGAAACAGCGUAUUGCAGAGCUUUUGGAAGAAAUAAAGCAUUUAAAGGAAGAGAUUACUAAACAGAAAGAUUAUUCUGUGCAAAAUGAAAAGCAUCUAAAAGAGGAAAUGGAAAAGGUAAAAUGUAAAAUUGCUGAGGAUCACAAGAAUAAAUUAAGGGAAGCCAGAGAAGAAGUCCAGAAAAUAGAGACUAUGUACAAAGAAAAAGAGAUGAAAUGGAAAUGUGAAAGCGAGGACCAAAGAAUCCAAGCAGAAGAGAAGUUAUCAUUGUUGCGUAUAGAACUGCAAAAUAGAGCGGAAUAUGAGAAGCAGAAUUUACAAAAAGAGUUUGAACUUCGUGAAGCCGAAAUGAAUCAGCUUCAAGAUCACCAAGCUGCCAGAAUUUUAGAAUUGGAGAAGCUGGUCAAAGAGCAGCAAAACAACUUGCAGCAACUAGAGGACAGCCUUGCGAGUGCACAGGCUGUGCAGAAAUCUCAGGAGCAAUAUGACUGUGACCUGCAGGCGGCCAAAGCACUCAUGGCAAAAGAAAUGGAAAAGGCCACGCUUUGUCUGCAGGAAGAAUGCACGCUGAAACUUAUGGAGGCACAAAACAAGUUUAUGGAGGAACACAAAGCUAUGACUCAGAAAUUCACAACUGAGCAAGAGAUUCUUCUCCAAGAGCUGAAAAAGAAACAUGUUGAUGAGCUGGAACUCCAAAGUCAGCAGUUACAGGAGAAGCAUAAGCAGCAAAUUUUGUCUCUUACAGCUGAGUUUCAGACAAAGCACCAAGCUGAAAUGGAGACACUUAAAUCUAUGCUAGAAAGUAAACAGCAGAUUCAGCUUGAAGCUUGUGUUGCUGAACUACAGACAAAGCAUCAGACACAAAUUGAUGAGCUGGAGGCUAAACACUUAUCAAAUCUGGAUUCCUUAGAGUCAUCCUACCUAUCUGAAAUUCAGAAUAUAAGAGAUGAACACAGUCAGGCUCUUGAGAAACUACAGCUGCAGCACACAGAACAGCUCCAUGAAAAGGAUAAAAUGGAUCAAGCACGCUUGGUUCAGGAGAUAGAGAUGCUGAAAUUAAAGCAUGCUGAAGAACUUCAGCUUUCCCAAAAUAAUUUGAAAAUUGAGCUAGCUACUGUUCAUAUGGAAAAACUUAAAGCCAUGGCUGUUGAAGCUGAAGAAGCUCAUAAGGAUGAGUUGAACACAGCUCUUCAAAAUCAAAGGAAGUUGCUGGAAGAAGAAAAACGUCUGGCCCUGGAUAUAUUGCGUGAGGAAGUAUUGCAUAUGGAGGAAAAGCAUAGAAAAGCACUCCAAGAACUUCAGGAUCUUCAUGAGGCAGAAAUUAAGAACCAUAAGGAAGAAUACUCCAGGGAGCUGGAAAAAGAAUUGAGGAAACUAAAAGCACAGCAUGAACAUGAGCAAGAGAUGUAUGCUUCUGCAUCGGCCUCUGAAGUAGAAACUGUGCGGACGGCUCUUCUAGCUCAAUUUGAGGAGGUAAAAUUGAAGCAGCAGCUUCAGUUCCAGGAAGAGAUUGAGCUGCUGAAGUGUCAGUCAGAGGUACUGCUUGAACAGCAGAUUGCACAGCUGAAGGAGGAAUUUGAAGCUGAAAAAAAGGCAUCACUACAUGACAAGGAGCAGAUGUUGAUUCAGGAAAGGGAGAAGGCACGGGCUGCUCACCAAAAGGAGCAGGAGAUGUUAUCAGCCCAGCUACAGGAAAAAGCAGCAAUAAUUGUCCAGCUGGAAAAGAAAGUGGAGUCUUUAAACCAUGAAAUAGAGGAGACCAACUCUGAACUGGAGACACUCCUUCAACGGCGGGACAGAGAAAACCAAGAAGGAGGGAAUUUGGUAGCCAUGUUGAGAUCUGACAUUGAGCAGUCCAAGGAUGAACGGAAAAAACUGCAGGAAUCUUACCAGCAUGUUUUGAAAUUGCUUAUGGAGUUGGUGAAGGCCACAAUAGACAUUGAGGACCUUAUCUGCAGCAAAAUUGGUCUUUGCCUUGAUGACAGUCUGGCUUCUGGGUAUUCUAGAGAAAGUCACAGUAUUGUGGAAGAAAUAGGAUUUGUGCAGUAUUUCAAAGCCAAAGAAAAGCAUCACCUAGAAAAAGCUUGCUUGUUUUCAGCAGAAGAGCUGCUUGAUGAAACUCUCACCGAACACAACCAGCUGUCUCCAGUGACUGACGAGGGGUCUGACUUGAGCCAAUACUUAUGCGAAAGUGUUUUUGCAAAGCCAGAAUUGGCAUGUGAAAAUGAAGAAAUGAUACUGAAAAUUGGUCAUCGCUUGCGCACUGCAGUGGAAAGACUUCUGGAACUGGUUACAGAAUCAACUAAACGGCUGGAGAAAAUGCACGAAAACCAUGCGCAAUUUGAAGAAGAAUUCAGCCGCCGAAAUUUGGAAACUGCCCAAGUGGUUAGUCAGCACCAGGAGCUAAUGGAGUGCCUCAGCGAGGAAAGCGAGGCCAAGAAUCAGCUGGCACUAGAGCUUCAUAAAGCAGAGGGCAUUAUCGAAGGCUAUGUUGCAGAAAAAGCUGCAUUGGAAGAGGCCUUGAAUCUGAAGGAGGAAUCUGAGCGUCGCCUUGUUGUGGAGCUGGAGAAUAUGCGUGAACGCUUCCAGGAGCUAACCCAGGAGCAAGCAAUUCUUGGUCUACUCAAGGAAGUAGAGUAUUUAGCAAAGGAGAAAUUAGAGCUUCAGUGUCAGGCAGAAAAGGACCAUUCCAACUUACGCUCUCAAAUGAAAGUUUUGGAGGUGGAACUAGAAGAACAGCUGCAUAGUAAUCAAGACCUGGCCACACAGUUACUGGAGGUUGCUGAAUUAAAACAGCAAAUUCAAGUUCUUGAAAAACAGCUUAAAAACCAGCGGCAAUUCAUGGAUGAACAAGCUAUAGAAAGGGAACACGAACGUGAUGAUUUUCAGCAGGAGAUUCAGAAACUGGAAGAACAGUUAAAAAUCUCAGCAAAAUCACAGACUUCAGGAGAGCCCAGAGAGUAUAGGAACUAUGAAUUGAUUCUACAGGUAGAAUCUUUGCAAGCAGAAAUAAAAGAGAAGACGGAUGAUUACAAUAAGCUGUUAUUAGAAAAGGAGCAAAAACAUCAAGAAAUCACAGCUCGUGAUAAAGAGAUAGAAAAACUGUUGGUGCAGAUACGAGAACUGGAGCACCGCGGUACUGAAGUCUCAAAGACUGUACGCUACCUGGAACGACAACUGGAAAAAAUGAAGAAAGUGGAAACCGAAUUAAACCAAGAUAAAGAGGCAUUGCAACAGCAACAGUACAAUAACCUGAUCCAGAUCUCUGCCUUACAGUCCAAACUGGACGAGGCGAGGCACAGAGUACCAGCAGACGGCAGUUCUGCCCCCGUGCUGAAGGAGCAGUUACAGGCAGAGCAGGAAGCGCUUCACACGAAAGAGAGAGAGAUUGCAAGCUUGUUAGACCAACUAGAACAAUAUAAAGAUAAUUUGAUCAGUAAAAAUGAGGAGAUAUUGCAGCUGAACUUGCAGUUAGAGAUGCAAAAAAACCUUAGCACUUCCAGCAUCAGCCAGCUUCAGUUAGAGAAUGCACACUUGAAGGAGGAUCUAACAAAACUUCAUGUGAAGCAAAAUCAGGACCCAGGUGUUAGUGAUUCCUCAGCUUUGUCAUUCCCACAAGCUCUACUUAAAGAAAAGAAUCAAGAAAUCGAUCACUUGAAUGAGCAGGUGAAGACGCUCCAGCACAAGCUAGAGAAUACUCUGGAGAAUAAAGUUGUGGAAGAGCAAAAAUCUGAAAUUGAAGAACUCAGAUCACUUGUCGAGCACCUUCGUGGAGACCAGGAAAGGCUGCAUAGGGACAAAGACGAAGAGGUAGAGCAACUCCAUGGAGUAAUUGAGAAGCUUCAAAAAGAGCUGGCACGAUUUGGACCAGUAUGUCAUGAAGUUAGUGACAACCAAGAUGAUCUCUAUCAACUUGCAUUGGGAAAGCCAGUGGAAAACCUUGAGAAUGAGUUGAAGAAGGGACUGGUAGAUUGUCAGGGUGAUACUGAUCCAAACAGAAGAAACUCAUUGCUACUCUCCAAAGUGAGAGAACUUCAGGAGGAACUAGAGCUUGUCUCAACUGCUAGAGAAGCUCUGCAGCAGCAACUGGAAGAGAAGGAAUCGCAGUUCAAAAUGGAAGUGGAAAUUUUGGAGAAAAAAUGCCGAAAACUACGAGAGUCAUCAGAGCAGCACAUUGCAGAGCUGACCUCUCUGAGAAUACAGUACGAUGCACUUCAGGAAGAAUACGGCCUUUUCCAAACACGUUUUUCUCAGAAAGAGGUUGAAGCAAAGAUGACGACUUCUCGCAUUCAAGAACUUGAAGAUACUGUGAGAGAAAGGGAAGCAAAUAUUCUAGAGAAAGAUAGGCAAAUGAAGACCAUGGCAGAUCAAAGAGAAGCUGAUACAAGCAAGUUGCAGUACUUCACAAAAAAGGCAGCAGAGCUUCAAACGGAGUUAGAAAAGAGAGAUGCAAGUCAGGCUCAAGAUGUUUAUAGUCUUCAGUUAGAAGUUUCUAGACUUGAUUUCCAGGUGCAAGCACUGAAUCAGAAAGAAGUAGCUUAUCAGAGAGAAAUCAGUGAACUGCAAGGUAGCACUACAAAACUGAAAGAUCAAAUUGAGGCAUAUGUGAAAGAGCUUGAAGCCUUACGGUUGGAAAGAAGUGAACUGAUUUCACAGGUGGAGUUGUACAAGCCUAAGGAGCAACGUGAUCAUGAAGAGACUAACCUUGUCAAGCCGUUCUGCUGGGGAGAAGGAAAAGAUGAAGCCCUUAAAGGAAUGGAGGAAUUGGAAGAACUGGAAGCAAAUGUUGAUCAGUCAUUUGCAGUACUGGCUUCACCUACUGAUAAACUGAAAAAAGAUGAAGUUAUGUUUGACUUGAUGACUCGCAAUAUAAAUCCAAAAACUCAGAUUAAUCAAUCACAAGAAAAUAUCUUGACUCGGGAAUUGGACGUGAUCAACAACUCUGAAGAGGAGCAAGAUUUGAGAAAGCAUUGCCAGGAAACGUUGGAAAUUCAUCAAACUCCUGAUUCUCCAAAACACAACUUGAACAUAGGCAAAGACAGUUCAAAAGACUUCCAGAAUUUCAUUGCAGAUAUGGCUUCGUGGGGCUCGCCUGAGAUCGUGAGAAAGCAAGAUAUGAGCCUGGAACUUCAACCAGAGCUUCAUCUGACGCCCUUUUCAGAAGUUGAAAGCACAGAUUUUGAAAUGAUGCACACCAGGUCAUCUAUGCAAGAAGAUAAUUCUGUGCUGCUGGGAUAUUCUAAGCUGUAUGAAAAUGGCAGUGAGGAAGCAGCAGUGGGAGUAGAUAGAAAAUCUCCAGCUUUCUCUGAAAGUACCUACUCUGUUGAUGAUGACCAAGAUAUGGAGAAGAAGAUUUUGCAGAUGAGAGAAGCUGAUAAUCUAACUUUAACCCCUUCUGAUUUACAAGAUGAUGUAAGAUCAAGAGCAUCUGCCAUAGAUGCGAUGAGCGAUGGAUAUGGCAGCAAUACCGGCUCAAAUUUGGCAGCUAAACUAAAGCAGGAGCUACAAACAUCAGACCACCUAGAUCCUAGUUUCACGGCUUAUCUGCGGUACCGUGGAAUGCUUCCAGAUAUUAUGGAAUCAAUGAGAGAAAAGGAAAUACUUUCACCACAGCUGAAGACUGUGCUGAAGAUGGUAUACGAGGAAAGCCGCAAAAUAUUGGCUUUGUCAGAACAUCCCUUUGGUUUUAGGGAGCUGAAAAAUGUUCAUCAGACCAGAGCGGCGAUGGAGGGAUGGAAGAAGGAGGGCUUAGCCUUGCUGGAUGCUAUACAGUCACUGAAAGAUUACCUGAGCAAGGUGGCAGAUAGAGGAGACAAGGAACAUUGCAGUGUUGCUGCUGACUGGAGAGGAGAACUUCUGCAGGCGGUACAGAGCGUGUUUGAGAAGGAGAGAAACGUGUUGCAAAUUGACUUGAAGUCUCACUUCUCCAAUCCUGGGUCUGGUGACGAAGGUUCAUUAGUGGAAAAACUGGAGUAUAUCAUGAAACAACAAGAGGAACAGAGGCAGAUGGUUGUAGAGCACCUUUUCUCCUCGGACCGGAAUAGCCUGCUCUCUGAAAUACAGGACCUCCGAGCUCAGCUGCGCAUGACGCAUCUUCAGAACCAGGAGAAGCUACAGCAGUUACAGGAAACCCUUACCAAUGUGGAAGAUCAUGGGAGCAAACAAGAACACCACCUUCGGAGGAAAGUUGAAUUAUUAGAAUAUAAGCUUCAGCAGGAAAAAUCUAUCGUAAGCGACUUGCACGGCACCCUGUCUGAGGAGCAGAAGAGAGCCUCCGAAACAUGUGAUCUCUUGAAUCAAGAAAAAGCAGCCCUGAAAUCAGAGCUUUAUGAAAAUAAGCAAGAGAAUGAAAGGCUGCAGAAAUCCCUAGAAGAGCUUCAGAGAGAAAUAAACCAGUUACGUUUUGAAUUGGAAAAAAAAGAAAAGGAUUUGACAGCUGCACUUGAAGACGUGCAGACUGAGCACCUGAAGGAAACAGAGCUGCGAGGUUUGUUUGAGGAACAACAGCUUCAGCAUAAGAAAGCAGAAGAUGAAAAGACAAAGGCCUUGGAGGAGCUGCAGGCCGCCUUGGAGCUGCAGUCGGUGCAGAACAGCCAGCUGGCCGUAUCCUUAGAGCACGAGCAAACGAUAACAGAUAAUCUCCGCAAGGAACUCCAGAUCGAGCACUCCCGUUGUGAAGCGUUGCUGUCCCAGGAACAGGCCAAACUGUUGGAGCUACAGAGAAGUUUGGAUGCUGAGAAAAAUCGUUCGUUGGAGCUCCUGAAUUCCUUGAAUCACGAACGCGUUUUGACUGAACAGUUGAGCAUGAGAAUGAAAGAAGGUGCUUCUUGUCAGCACAGGGAGUCGCUGCUGGAACAAGCCUUUGUUCGAGAGCUGCAGGCCCAGCUGGAAGAAGAGAGGUCCCGAACUAUGGAGCUAGCUGCUGUUAUUGAGAAAACACACCAGAAAGCCAUUCGUUCCAAAAGGCAGCUUGAGGCUGAGGUCCAGAUGUGCUGUGAAGAAACCCAGAAGGAGAGAGAGGUCAGCGGCAAAUUGCGAGCGAUGCUGGAGUCUCUUCAGGGUCAAAAGCAAGAGGUGAGCCAUUCCUUAGAGGCCCAGAAGGAAAGGGAGGCGAAGCUGAAAGCUGACUGGGAACAACCGCAGUCGCCCUUCAAGACAAUGAAGGAGCAAGAUAAAAACAAGAAAGAGGAGAGAGAGAGAGAGCGAAGGCAGCAGCAACCAACAGAGCUGGAGAAACAGAAGGACUGGCAGAGGGAUCAAGAGAGGCUGCAACACUUGGAACAGCAACACCAGAGGGAUGAACAAAGAAUUAAAGAGCUGCAGGAAAUACUGGCAAUAUUAGAAAAAAGAGAAAGAAGUCUCCCAUCUCCAAACCGUCAGCAAGGACUGUUGUGUACCUUAAACAAAGAUCGAAAUGCCAAACAGGCCACGGCAAAAGAAACUGAAAAAUCGCAUUUGCAGCAGCAGCAACAACACCUAGAGAAGAUAAGACAGCAGUUGCUUUUUGUAGCCGUGCACCUCAAUGAGUUCAUAUAUAAAACCGUAGAUAAAACAGUUAACGAUUGGUCUGCAUCAAAUGAUGAAGCUGUAGCCUCCUUACUACAGACAUUAAAGGAACUAAAAUCAGAUUUAUUGUCUCCUACAUCUCAGAUCAGAUCUACGGAUGAUACCAGCUCUGCUCAAGAACUGGAAAGAGACGCUUGGCAGCGUGAGAGAAGCAUUUUGCAGAAUGCACUGAAACAGGCUGAAUCCGAACUGGCUAAAGCGACUGUUGAAAUUGAAAACAAACCGGUGAUAGAAACCUCCAGUCUGAAGUUGCAGAGAUUAUACAGGAAGUACCUUAGAGCAGAGAGCUUUAGAAAAGCUCUGGUUUAUCAGAAGAAAUACCUCUUGCUGCUCCUUGGUGGAUUUCAGGACUGUGAGCAGGCAACGCUCUCUCUAAUAGCACGCAUGGGGAUCUACCCCUCACCUGCAGACCUGCAGCCUUCUGGAUCGCGUUCCCGUCCUUUCACCAAGUUCAGAUGUGCAGCCAGGGCAAUCAUCGCCGUGUCAAGGUUAAAGUUUUUGGUGAAAAAGUGGAACAAAGUUAGCAGGAAGAAUGCACAGGGCGAAACCAUUUCUCACAGUAUAGGAGGUAAUACAGCCUGUGGUGCUAGAACAGAAAUCCUGAAGCAGCAGCAGCAGCAGCCCCCAGCUGUCCAUCUCAGCUCUCCCCCCACCCGCGACACUGGGCUGUGCCACAGAACUGGCUCGGCGAGAGUUGUGAGCCGCUCGCCCAGGUCCUGCUUACACAACAGAUUGCAUCCAUCCACAAGUUCAGCUUCAGAAAAGUCACUUGUGCCUGCUCAGGACCCUGAGCGAUCGCUAACGGAAUACAUCCAUCGCUUAGAGGUUAUCCAGCAAAGACUAGGGGGUGCACAACCAGGACAGGUUCCAGGCCCACCUCGCCAGAGAAACGUGGAAAAGUGAUGAGAAGGCUUCUGAAAUCUGUACCAUGACCCUCCACGUUAUUGCUUGCUUCUGAGUUGGUCCACACUGAAUGGAGACACUUGUGAUCUCUUGUGCAACUGAAUAAAGGGCAGUGCUUUUGCAUCAGUUUUUUAUAUGACUCUUUUUAUUAUAUUUUAGUACUUUAAGAGGAAAUGACUUUUCACUAAGAACAAUGUUUUACAUUCUCAUGUGAAAUUACUACUCAGUUAACAGCUGAAGUGUGCCUGCAUCACUCUAUUGUAAGUUGCAAAGAGUCUCUUUGGUGUUUAUUUUUCUAUAGUGUAUAGCUGGAUUCCUUGUAAAAAAAGUUAUUAAAAUGGCAUUUUAUUAGUGAAUGCUUACAUUGUAUGGUUAUUUAUUUC